CCAUGGAAAACAACAACUCUGAGCUAUCGUCAAUGAAUGCAGGUGAGUCUGCUGGGUACCCAACUUGUCCGCAGCAUCUCCUUGAGAAGAUGGAAGAGCAGUUGGAGAUGUUCUGGGCCUACCAGCAGAGAGAAAUGGAGCAUGUUAACGAUUUCAAGCACAAUGUACUUCCCCCUACCCGCAUCAAGAAGAUCAUGAAAGCCGACAAGGAUGUCCACAUGGUCUCCACUGAAUCACCCAUUUUGCUGGCUAAGGCUUGUGAGUUUUUCAUUCUGGAUCUCGCCCUUCGUUCUUGGAUUAACGCUGAGGAAAACAUGCGAAGGACUUUGAAGAAGGAUGACCUCACCGCUGCCAUUGCACAAACUGACAUUUUCGAUUUCCUUCUUGACGUUGUUCCUGGGGAUGAUGCUACUAGUACUGGCGGCUCCAUACCAAGUGUUGUUCCGUUCUAUGCUGCUGGUGGAAGAAAUGGACAGGAUUAUCUUGAUCGUCAAAGCUAA